CGGCGGGGCGGCAGUCGGACGGCGCGAUGCGGCGGCGCGGCGGAGCGGAGGCUGCGGAACACGGGAACGGCGAUGGCAGCGGGCGGGCGGCGGAGGGGAGAGCGGAGCGACCUCGGCGGGGCUGGCUGGGCUGGUGCCCCCGACUGCGCACCGUCCUCCUGCAGCUGCUCCUCAUGUACAUCUCCGUGCCCUUCCUCGUCCGCCUCUUCCCUGUCAUCCUCACCAAAUUUGUCUUCCUAAACUUCAUGGCAUUCCCUUUCUUCGCGGACCUGCGGCAGCCGGCGCUGCUGCUGAACAACACCAUCAGCCUCUACCUGCCCACCGAGCCGGGCGUCACCGUUGGCAUCUGGCACACGGUGCCGGGCAGCAGUGGGACUGAGGCGCGAGGUCGGGAGCAGCGCUGGUUCGAGGAGGCUCUGGGUGAUGCUCACCCCAUCAUCAUCUACCUGCACGGUAACGGGGGCACCAGGGCUGCGAGCCACCGGAUCCAGUUUAUGAAGCUGAUGGGGGCUGCCGGUUUCCACAUCCUGGCUCUGGACUACAGAGGCUAUGGGGACUCCAGUGGGCACCCCUCGGAGAGCGGCUUCACCACCGACGUCCUGGCACUGUACGACUGGGCCAAAGCACGCAGUGGGAACAGCUCCAUCAUCUUCUGGGGACACUCCUUGGGGACAGGGAUCGCAACAAACGCGGCCAGAAAGCUGCAGGAGGAGCGAGGGGUCCAGGUGGACGCUGUUGUGCUGGAGUCCCCCUACACCAACAUCCGCGACGCAGCUGCCAACAUUCCCAUCACUAAGAUUUAUCGGCAGUUCCCAGGUUUCGAGUACCUGAUCUUGGACUCCAUGGCUCUGGGCAAUAUGUUCUUCCGCAACGAUGAGAAUGUGAAGGUGCUGGCCUGCCCGCUGCUCAUCCUGCACGCAGAGGAUGACACCGUGCUGCCCCCCCAGCUGGGACGCCAGCUCUUCGAGACCGCACGCAGAGCCUACAAGGACAAGAGCAAGGUGAAGCUCAUCACCUUCCCUGAGAAGCUGGGGCUGGGCCACGACUACAUCUCAUCCAACCCAGAGCUGCCCACCCUGGUGAAAGACUUCUUGAACAUGAAAUGACUCCAGCUGCUGCCUGCAGCGCCCAUAAGCACUGCCCCUGCCCUGCACUGGGACCCCACCGUGGCACUGAUCCUACUACUGCUGUAUGUAAUAAACACUGAGAGCCACGCUCAUCCUCCCACUGCUGCGGGAUGCUCGGGGGAUGGAGACACAGCUGCAGGGACAGAGGGGUCAAGCAGGAACCAGAAGCAGGGUGAGGGUGCACUGCAAAUACCCCAUCCCCUGCACUUUGAGCGAUCAGCUUUGCAGCGAGCAAGCCCACUUCCUCAUUCCAUCUCCAGCAACCCCCCCA